AUGGAUAGCACUUAUGACUUUAAAGAAGAUCCAUCUGAAGUUUUUGCUAACGUUAAAGAUGUUGAUGAAUAAAUAUUCAGUCAUAUAAUUCAAAUUUUUAGAAAAAACAGCAUAUAAGAUAGUCAAAGAUAUCUUUCAAUAGAGGAGAAUCGAAACCAUCUUGAAAAAUACAUUUUAAAAAUAGAAAAUAUAUCAUGUGAAGAUUAAGAAAAGAAGCCAAAUGUUUUAAGGAACAACAUAAACAUAAUUUCUAACAUUCUAAAAUAAAUUAAAGAUCAUGAUUUUAAUAAAAAUAAUUUUUCAACUGUCUAAUACUUAGAAAUUAAAAAAGAGGUAAUUGAGAAAAUUAAAGAGAAUAAGAAGAUCAUUUCAUUUUUAAAAUUUUUAGUUCUUCUAACAGCUAUUGAUAGCCAAUUCAUAGUAUGCGGAUCGAAUUCUUUGAACUUAUUAGUUGAAAUGAGGAUCGAUUUAAGGAACUAAUGUUUGAAAAAUAUCAAUAUUUAGAACACUUCUUUAAUUGAGGGUAAUUUUACAAGAAGCAAUUUAAGUGGAUCUAAAUUUACAAAUGUAGAUAUUAGCGGAGUAAAUUUAAAUGGAGCUCUACUUUUCAAUUGCAAAUGGUAAAACAUUAAAACACUUGAACUAAACAAAUUAGAAGGACAUAGUAAUUGUGUAAACUCAGUCUGUAUCUCUCCUGAUGGUACAAUAUUGGCAUCGAGUAGCGAUGAUAAAUCUAUUCGUUUAUGGGCUAUCAAAACAGGAUAAUAAAUAGAAAAAUUAAAUGGUCAUACAAGAACAAUCUUCUCAAUAUGUUUCUCUCCAGAUGGUACUAUAUUAGCAUCUGGAAGUUAAGAUAGUUCUAUUUUUUUAUGGGAUAUUAACACAAGAAAAAUAAAGGCCAAAUUAUACGGUCAUAGAGGUGGAAUCCUCUCAAUAUGCUUCUCUCCAGAUGGUACUAAAUUAGCAUCAUGUAGUGAUGAUACAUCUAUUCGUUUGUGGAAUAUUAAAACAGAAUAAUAAAUAGAAAAAUUGAACGGUCAUACAAGAACAAUCUUUACAAUAUGUUUCUCUCCAGAUGGUACUAUAUUAGCAUCUGGAAGUUAAGAUAGUUCUAUACGUUUAUGGGAUGUUCAGACUAGAAAAAAAAAGGCUAAAUUAGAUGGUCAUAGAGGUGGAAUCCUAUCUAUAUGCUUCUCCCUUGAUGAUAUCACUUUGGCAUCUGGAAGCGAAGAUAUGUGUAUCCUUUUAUGGGAUGUUAAGACAGGAUAAUAAAAAGCCAGAUUAGAUGGACAUACUAGCAUUUACUAAUCAGUAUGUUUCUCUCCUGAUAGUACUACAUUAGCAUCUGGUAGUAGGGAUCAGUAUAUCCGUUUAUGGGAUGUUAAGACAGCAUAAUUAAAAGCCAAAUUGGAUGGUCACAGUAAAUGGAUUUAAUCAGUAUGCUACUCUCCUGAUAGUACAAUAUUAGCAUCUGGUAGUUAGGAUCAGUCUAUCCGUUUAUGGGAUGUUAAGACAAGCUAAUAAAAUGCUAAAUUGGAUGGUCAUAGUCAUAUAGUAUUCUCAGUAUGGUUUUCUCAUGAUGGUACUACUUUAGCAUCAGGUAGCGAAGAUAAAAAUAUCUAUUUAUGGGAUGUUUAGACAGGAUGCUAAAAAGCCAAAUUGUAUGGUCAUAGUAAUUCAGUUUACUCAGUAUGCUUCUCUAUUGAUGAUACUUUAGCAUCUGGAAGUGAAGAUAGGUCUAUCAGGUUAUGGGAUGUUAGAACAGGAUAAUAAAAAGCUAAAUUGUGUGGCCAUAGUGAAGCCGUCUAAUCAGUAUGCUUCUGUAGUGAUGGUACAACGUUAGCAUCCGGAAGUUGGGAUCAGUCGAUUUGUUUAUGGGAUGUGAAGACUGCAUAAUUAAAAGCUACAUUGCAUGGUCAUACUUGUUAUAUACAAUCAGUAUGCUUCUCUAAUGAUGGUACUACAUUAGCAUCUGGUAGUUGGGAUAAGACUAUCCGUUUAUGGGAUGUUUAGACUGCAUAAUUAAAAGCUACAUUGCAUGGUCAUACUAGUUUUAUACAAUCAGUAUGCUUCUCUAAUGAUGGUACUACUUUAGCAUCAGGUAGUAAUGAUAAGAAUAUUUGUUUAUGGGAUGUUUAGACAGGAUAAUAAAUAGCCAAAUUGUAGGGUCAUUGUAGUUAUGUGAAUUCAUUAUGUUUUUCUCCAGAUGGCACUAUCUUAGCAUCUGGUAGUCAUGACAAGUCUAUUCGUCUAUGGGAGGUUAAGACAAAAUAAUAAAAAGCUUUAUUGCAUGGGCAUAAUAAUCAAGUCUGGGCAGUGUGCUUCUCUCCUGAUGGUUGUAAAUUAGCAUCUGGUAGUCAUGAUAAAUCUAUUCGUAUUUGGGAGGUUAACACAGAAUAAUAAAAAGCAAAAUUUGAUGGUUAUAUCGAAUCAAUCCAUUCUGUAUGUUUCUCUCCUGAUGCUCUUACUUUAGUUUCUGUUAACUAUGAAAAAUAAAUUCGUUUAUGGGAUGUUUAGACUGGAUCAGAAAUUGAAUCUUAAAAUGAAAAUUAUAACAAAAUUUUAGCAUAAUUGCCCUUUCCUCUUUUUAAAAAUAAUGUUUUUCUAUAAGGUACUAUUUAUACAUCUAUGUUAGUUAAUUCUUAUCUUACAAUACUUUGUAUAUCCUAAACAUCACCUUUUUAAGCAUAAGAUGCUUUAAUCUUGAAAGGAGAAUUUUUUAAUUUUUAAGGAGUAGAUUUACGAUCAUUACUAAAAUCUAAAGGAAGUUACUUUUUAGAACUUAUUUUAGAACAAUAGAAAAAAAAAAAUUGA